UAUUGUUGAGAGAAGGCUGAGAGUCAUCUUCGAUAAAACUUGAAGACUCUCAGAAUCAUGAAAGCAAUACCUUUCCUUUUCUGUCUUUACUUUUGGUGAAUGCAAUAUUACUAUUUCAUAUGCCACAAAUCAUUUAAAAAGCUUAUGUCAUUGUCACUUUUUAUUUUAGCACCCCAUAAAUGAUCUUCUUUACCAAUGAACAACAUAGUGGAAAAUUAACUAUUACAAUAUGGCUUCUGUUCUCACUUUCUUCUCCUUGUAUCUCAUGCUUUUCUCAACUUCCUUCACCGUCAUUAAUGCGGUAUUCUCUGAACAAUCCCCCAUGGCCAUAUUAACAAAACACAUGGAGAAACUGACCCGCCUCCACUUCUAUUUCCAUGACACCCUUGAUGGAACAAACCCAACUGCUAUUAGAAUCGCUGGACCAGCAAACAGGUCAUUUAGCACUACUUUUAUGACAGAUGAUCCAUUGACUGAAGGGCCAGAGGCUAGUUCAAAGCUUGUGGGAAGAGCUCAGGGAAUAUAUGCAUUUGCUUCUCAACAUGACUCUGCCUUGCUUAUGGUGAUGAAUUUCGCUUUCUUGGAAGGUAAGUAUAAUGGGAGUGCCCUUAGCAUUCUUGGGCGUAAUCCUUUUCUCAAUAAGGUCAGGGAAAUGCCAAUCGUUGGAGGCAAUGGAGUUUUCCGAUAUGCUCGGGGCUAUGCCUUGGCAAAGACAGUUUCGUUUACUCCAAAAACUGGAGAUGCUGUGGUUGAAUACAAUGUGUCUGUCUUGCACUUCUGAGAGUUCAAAGUUCUUCAGUAUUACGUGUUCCAAAUCAGUCAUGUUUGUAGCAGUGUUUCUACUAUUGGAUAGUAGUGUAAUUUUUCUAAUAAUAGAAUAAGGCUAUUGGGGUAUAUCACAUGCUAGAGGGACAGAUUAUUCAUUAUCCAUAAACUUAUUUGUCUCAACCAAAUGGAAAAAAGCUCAAUCUAUAAAACCAUUCCGUAUACACUUGCAGAAAUGAAAAACAUAUAGACCCCUUUUGUACAAAGAAAAAGAAAAAUUACAAACAGAAAGGAAAAGGAAAAGAAAUCAUUGGCCCCAUGGAAAAUAAUCUCAGUUCUACCUCCAAGCUGAAAGCGAAAAUAGGGGAUUAUCUCGCCAGCAGAUAGCCAAACAUCCAUUCUCUUCUUUGACAUUAUACUGAUUAUCAUAGCUCUGCAAUAAUUCUUUUGCCUUUAUCAUACCAAGAAAGCUAAAAUGUACCCUCCCAAAACCAGCCAACUCAAGCCUUAAAAUCCAUUUCUCAAGCUUCUCAUGCCUCUCCUUUCUCUCCACUCCUUCACAUGCUAUGAUGUUUUUAA